GAAUUAACAGCGCGAUUUGUAAAGUAACGAAGCGAUACCCUGUUUGAAAAAUAUGUCGAUGAAAUUACAACGAAGAUACGUGGAAGAAAACGCCGAUAUCGCGAUCUUCUUCGAGUACGUGUCUGCAAGCGCACUUGCGUACCAGAAGCAGAUUAAACGUUAUCACCCGCUUAGCGAUACGGACUAUGGAUGACAUCGAAGCGACGUUAACAUCGCAGUAUUAUAUGUAGUUUAAAUAUAAAUGAGUCGACUUAUCCGUGGCAGCACAGAAUCGACGCUGUUUCGAAGCGUCUCGAUAAAAUCGGCGUGGGCAGCUCGUCCGGCGACAACUGUGUGGUUACUCUCGUAACUUUUGCUAGUAACGUGUCCCACAAUUUUUCACGCGACGAUCAACGAAGACUCGAAGUUGUAAUUUGUUCAAUAACGAUGGAAUUUCGCACGAAGAUCGCAUAAGGGAAGCGCGAUAAACUUCAUUUCUUAAUUUUCGUUCUUCGCGCCUCUGUUUCUUACGAGAGGCGAUAUUUAAAUUUAGAGUUGUGCCAGCCGGUGCAAGAUUAGCUGUACGAAUCUUCUUAUUUACGAUUUAUUCUCUUGCAUUUUUGUCAAGUAAAAAAGGAAGCUAAACAAAUACGAAAUACGAUGUUGCGGCAAUUACCAAAGACACCUGUUGUAUCGGUGUGACGUUAUCAAAAUAAGAAGCUUAUUAUUAUACGGACAUUUUGUAGGAGAAGAGCUGUGUUCGCGGAGAGACGCGAUCGCGAGGAAGCGAGCCAACGGGAGUCGUAAAUUCCCGUUUCGGUUAGAUAAUCGAUGCCACGAAAUUAUCGAUCCCCUAUUUUGUUUAGGAUAAUAGAGGUGAUUGAACUGAUUAUAACACUGAAGCAAUAAGUCACAAUAUACACUUUAUUCCAACAACUUUGUAAACAUGGGUAGUUGCACUCGGUGCGUGUAAAUAUAAGAUAAACGGAUGACUGAUCUAAGGCUGAUAAAGCAGUUAAGACGUUGACCGGUUAACGUGUGGAAAAUUAGUCAAGAGAUGUUGAUUAAUCCAAGGAUGACAAAUCGGUGAAGUUCGGUGACGAUGCUAUCGCAGAGGAAAACUACUGCUGGGUGUUGGUCGCUUCACUACUGGUCGCUUGCGAAUGGAAAUGACCGUUGAAUAUGGAAAAAAUCCGACCUUCCCAGUUUUUAUCUGAUGGAGCAAUAAUCGUAAGGAACGUCUCGAUCCUCGAGGGAUGGAUUUUAGUUUACGUAAAGAGUCACCGGACGCAACAAGGUCCGAGCGUUGGAAACGAAGGAAACCCGAGUGUUUACGAGCUCAGAAAAAGGCGAUAGCGUGCUCGAACACGAUAGAUUAUAAAUCGGGAGGCAAGAGACGUCGUGUGUCGACCCCUUGAGCCACCGAGACCGAGCUUCUCGCUUUCGUUCGUUUGUCAAUUUACCAGCCAAGUUAAGUGCAAUCGCCGGUGGGACCAUCAGUCGUGCUUUCGUCGAUCUGCAACGAGAUACACAACCGUGAAGAGGAGAUGAACACACGGAAGCCGAGGAGAGAUUCGGACAUUCUGCUGUCCAAUUUCACCCACAAAGAGCUGCUCUUCAAGUUCCUCGUAAUCGGUGACUAUGGUGUCGGAAAGACGGCAUUGGUUAGAAGAUACACGGAAGGAAGGUUUACGUCCAAUUAUAAGAUUACCAUAGGCGCCGAUUUCGCAAUAAAGGCAGUCAACUGGGACCGGUUUACUAAAAUUAACUUACAAUUAUGGGAUGUCGCUGGCCACGAAAGAUUUGGAUACAUGACCAGAGUUUAUUACAAAUAUGCAGUAGCUGCAGCUUUGGUGUUCGAUAUUUCGCGGAUAGCCACGUUUCAGUCGAUCAAAAAAUGGUUGUGCGACCUGCGGGAAAAAGUCACACUUCCAGAUGGUUCGGAGAUACCAGUCGUCCUCUUGGCGAACAAAUGUGAUAUUCCUUGCCCGGCGGUACCCACCGAACAAAUUGCCAAGUUCUGCAAAGAGAACAACAUUGGUGCCUGGUAUGUAACGUCUGCCAAAGAAAAUACGAAUAUUGAUGUGGCGAUGCGUUAUCUCGUGGAGAACGUACUGAAGACCAGAAUCGACGUUGAUAUUCGUGAUUCCAUACGAUUACGAGAUAAAUCCAGGAUUCGACAAAGGAGCGAUUGUUGCAAAUUAUAAUCGCGCAAUUAUAGAUUGCGUGUUUAUUGCGCCACGAUGAUGCCCGUUCAAGAGACUCGACUUUUCCAUGCGAUUUUAAUUCAUCCGCGAUGCGUAUGCUUUAAUAUGUUUAUAACGAUUAAUCGUGAUCUGUAGGUGCAUGUCAAUGGACGUUGACAUGUUGCAGAUACGCGUAAUAAUUCGAAAAUUUUAAAAUGCUACAGCGAAAUUAAACAUAUUUGUUUGAAAAUACACGUGCGAUGAAUUUCUAGGGCGACAGAGUUUUUAUCUCAUGUAAUAACUAGCAAGUAAAUAAUCUCAAAGAGAUUAUCAAUUUUUAACACGUCGGAUAAUAGUCUUAUUUACAUUUUUUACAUGACGGAUAAUAGUCUUACGCACAACGAUGUGAACGUUCGUAAACAUGUAUUGCGGAGAGAAAUUACGAAUAUUUAUUUUAGAGUGCACGAUAAAUCUUUAAGGCACUAGGAUCUUCGUUUCCUUUAACAUAACUAUCGAGCGGAUAAUUUUAUACAGCUCAAAUUUUUAUAUUUCUUCGUAUUUAUCGUUACAUCUAUUGUUAGAUAAUAAUUGCGUAUUUUAUACAAAUCUAAAACAGUUUUAUUCAAGCGUUUCUAUCUCGAAACGAGAUCACGCAUCAAGGGGUAGAAACAACGAGGAAUCGUUUAAAUCGAUAGAUUUAUUUAAUUUGUACUCUGAUAAUUCUUUAACAUUAUUUGCGUUCGUAAAUCAACCAAGAGAAAUAUUAUAAAUAAAUAUGAAUCGAAUUCGUAACAUCGCGAGCUACGAAUGUCUUCAAAAUUCGCUAUUACAUUCUCAUUGUAUUUUUACAUUGUGGUAACAAGAAUUAACACGUAACUUCUAUGUACAAACAUAUUCACGUGUUACCUUUGGUAAACAUUCGACACUCGUUCCAGUGUGCUACAAAAUUAAAUAUACUUGGUAUUCCUUGCCAAGUUUUACGAUUUGUCGGUCGACAAAUAACGUAUCAUUUAUUAUACGAUAGUGGCCAGGUUUUGCUAUUGACUAAUCUAAAUAAAUCUAACAACAGCUCUGCUGUGUGUCUUUAGUUUUCUUCUAUUCUCUUGAACCUCUAAAUAAUUAUGUAU